AACAUAAGACCAAAAUCUUUCUUUAAGGUUUUCCAAUGGAGACAUACUCAACUAAGAAGUUAACCCACUAUUUAUAAUCCACACAAAGCUACUAUCUCCAUGCUAUCUUUUUGUUGUCGGUAAGUAUAGUUCACUAAAACAAACAUAAGCUAUCCAAGGAUGUCGAGAUGCUUACUUUUGGUUUACGGUUUUAUACUCUUUUUCAUUACAAGAGGUCACUUGUUAGGAGUUAAAGGAGAAAUAAAGAACUAUUACAUUGUCUUCUUGAGCGAUCAGUCGGUUAACAAAGAAUCCAAGGCAAAUACACACAUCAGCCUCCUAUCGGCAUUGAAAGGAAGUGAGCUAGAUGCAAAGAAGGCCCAUGUCUAUAGUUAUACAAAAAGCUUUAACGCGUUUGCAGCAAAGCUCUCAGAAUCUGAAGCUAGAGACUUAUCUGGUAUGGAUGGUGUGCAAUCUGUGAUUUUAAAUCAGUACCGCAAACUACAUACAACAAGAUCAUGGGAUUUUAUAGGAUUUCCUCAAACAGCAAGAAGAAAGAAGCUUGAAAGCGAUGUUAUUAUCGGUGUUAUGGAUACAGGAAUAACCCCGCAAUCUGAAAGCUUUAAUGACAAUGGAUUUGGCCCUCCACCUGCAAAAUGGAAAGGGUCUUGUCAUCAUUUUGCUAACUUUUCAGGAUGCAACAACAAGCUUAUAGGUGCCAAGUACUUCAAGCUAGACGGAAAUCCAGAUCCUGGUGACAUUCUAUCACCGGUGGACACGGACGGGCAUGGGACCCACACGUCAUCGACUGCAGCUGGAAGCCCAGUCCAUAAUGCAGAGCUAUUCGGUUUAGCCAAAGGUACAGCACGUGGGGCAGUGCCAUCAGCUAGGGUUGCAAUGUACAAGGUCUGUUGGGCUAGCUCAGGUUGCUCAGACAUGGACUUGUUAGCUGGGUUUGAUGCAGCCAUUCAUGAUGGAGUUGAUAUUAUAUCAAUCUCAAUAGGUGGUCUAACUGGUGCCUACACAAGUGAUACUAUGUCUGUGGCUUCGUUUCACGCCAUGAAUAAGGGCAUUCUUACUGUGGCUUCUGCUGGGAAUGAUGGGCCUAGUUUAGGCAGUGUUACGAAUCACGCACCAUGGCUUUUGACUGUGGCGGCCAGUGGCAUUGACCGAGGGUUCCAAAGCAAAGUUGUAUUGGGUAACGGGAAGACUCUAACUGGAAUUGGGAUAAAUGGUUUUAACCCAAAGCAAAAGCUUUACCCAAUCACCAGUGGAGCUGAUGUGGCCAUAAACUCCGAAAGCCAAGAGAGUGCAGGGUUUUGCCUGGAAAACACUUUGGACCCGAGUAAAGUGAAGGGGAAGCUUGUUGAGUGUAAGCUAGGGACUUGGGGUUCUGAUUCAGUUAUCAAAGGACUCGGAGGAGUGGGGACCAUCAUUGAAAGUGAAGUGUUUCUAGAUACUCCCAUGAUUUUCAUGGCACCUGCAACCAUGGUUAAUUCUACUGCUGGUGAAAUCAUCAGUAAAUAUAUACAUUCCACUAGAUCACCAUCUGCAGUGAUACACAAGUCUGAACAAGUGAAGGUUUCAGCUCCUUUUGUUGCUACAUUUUCAUCAAGGGGUCCAAAUCCAGGAACAAAACAUGUACUAAAGCCAGAUAUUGCAGCACCAGGAGUUGACAUCUUGGCAGCCUAUACCCCUCUACAUACACUCACUGGGCUACAAGGCGAUACACAGUACUCAAAAUUUACCAUAAUGUCUGGAACUUCUAUGGCUUGUCCACAUGUUGCAGGGACGGCUGCCUAUGUUAAAUCUUUCCAUCCAAAUUGGUCCCCUGCAGCGAUAAAAUCAGCUAUUAUGACCUCAGCAAGACCUAUGAGCUCAAGGGUUAACCAAAAUGCUGAGUUGGACUAUGGUGUUGGUCAACUGAACCCUAGACGGGCCGUGAGUCCAGGGUUGAUCUAUGAUAUGGACAGUAUGUCCUAUGUACAGUUUCUAUGCCAUGAGGGAUACGACGGAUCAUCAAUCGCAACUUUGAUUGGUUCCAAAUCAAAGAUUGAUUGUGCCUCAUUGCUUCCACCACUUGUCAGUGAAGACGCCAUUAACUACCCUACCAUGCAACUUACGUUAAAGAAGAAGAAAGGGAUAACUACAGGCAUUUUCAGAAGAAGUGUAACUAAUGUAGGCCAUGAUAAAUCUAUUUACAAUGCCAACAUUAGAGCACCAAAAGGAGUGAACAUAACAGUCGAACCAACGACCCUUUCGUUCUCACAUGCCUCACAAAGGAGAAGCUUCAAAGUUACGGUGAGUGCAAACUUUAACGUUAGCAAGAAACUUGUGGUUUCAGGAUCAUUGAUAUGGAGAAGUUGUUGUAAUAUUGUAAGGAGUCCAAUUGUUGUUGUUAAUCCACAAUAUGAGAGUUGAGGAGGGAUAUAGAUUACAUAGUGAAUAAAGUUUGCUGCUAAUUUCUCAGUGUGUUUAUAUUUGUAAUGGAUAUGGCAAAUGCAGCAUAAA